CAGCAACAGAAAAAUAAAAAGCCAUUAAAAUUUGAAGUGAAAUUUCAGUGCUUCACAUUUUACAGUGAGGUGAAUUUCCUCGUCUUCACUGUCCUUGUUGCAAAAUGUAGUUCUGUACUACUUGGUAAACAGGAAAAGAUUAAUGUAGUUUGUAAAGUUCUUUUUUGUUGUUUUUUACUAAAGGGUUUCAAGCACUUUUACAGGACACCUGCCUGAUGUCAGAAAUUGUGCGUCUGAUCUAUUUUUAUCAAUUGGUUUUGUCAGGUAUGACUGCCCUUCCUAUAAACACAGUACAAGAAAUGCUGUUAUUUCCUCUUCCUUGUUCAACUUCAUAUUCCCAGAAUACUACACCUGUUCGCAAAAUAAAAGUAUUUAUGUAAUUGAUAAGCUUUUAGGAAUGUUAGGGUGUUUUUGCAUGUGUGUGUCUGUGAUGAUGAAACAAGAUGUAGCUAUAUAAGUGGCAGAGUCACAGUGUCAGCUCCAUCCUCUGCUCAGGACUCGAGUUGGUCUCAGGAGAUCCCAACUGCAGUGUUGUCUGUGGACGUCUACACUCAGCAGAAUGUAUUCUCUCCUGGUGUUUGCUGUGCUCUGCGCCAGCUGCCUGGCAGGUUCUGUCUCACAGAGCUACUCCUUCUCUCAAAGUGUUGGAGGUGGUAGUGGUAGUUCCUUCUCCACCAGUGGACAGGGAAGGAUCACAGCGGUCAGGGUCUGGGAGGUUCCCAAUGCAUACAUCACCGGUAUCCAGCUACGAUAUGAGUACAUCUGGUCUGCACUGGUCGGUCGCCAAUAUGCCACUGUGCAUGAGAUGGAGCUUUAUCCAAACGAGGCUAUUGUCCAGGUUUCUGGUAAAUACCAGCACCACUACAUCUAUCAGCUGAUAUUUGUGACCUCCAGAGGGCGCUUUCUGAUCGUCGGCCAGCCUGUACAGACAUCCUUCAACAUGUACCCAGUCCACGAGGACGGAGAGCUCAGAAUACUGAGUGGCCGAACCAAUUCUGCUGGAAUUACAGCACUGGCGGCUCACUGGGAUGUGAUGUCCAUGGAUCAGAGCAACAGCACUGACAUUAGCACAUAAUGAACAACAGUUCAAGUGUAACAUAUAAGUAUGUGUGUACUUGAUAAUAUUAUACCAUCUUCUGUAUGCCUCUCUCAUGCCUCUGACAAAUUGUGUUUUCAAUCAAACAAUACUUUAUUACCAGCAAAAAAAACUAAAUCAAUACUGCUGAUGAUAAACCAAUUGAACACACAUGGUCUGCUAAAUAUGUACAUGUAGAGCUAAUGCUAAUGCUUUUCUUCAUGCAUUCUUAUCAUGUUUGAUGAAGGAAGAGCUUUAAUAUAAGCCUCUUGUAUGUCUGCAGCAUUGAAGCAAACCAAGCAAUGAUUUCUUGAAUUUCCCUCAAUUUCCUUAGAUCAAUAAUCUUUCUAUCUAUCUAUCUAUUUGCUACACUUGAAAUUUUCAGUAUUUUAAUGACUGCUAACAACAAGGACAUCAAGAGAUUAUACAAAUGUAUGUAAUUUUUUACUUCUGCACACAUUUAAUGGCAAAAUGUUCAGUCUGAGCCUUAUUAAAUUCUGUCGCAUUCAGCGUGCUCCUCUUUUGACUUUCUUCCUUUUUUGACCUCAUUGUAACCUUUGCAUUUCUCACCAACCUGUGUUAUGCAGAAAGCAGUUAACUGAGCUACCAUGCCUGGAAAUCACAGAAGAGGUGAAACAUUGUUCAGAUGUUCUCUGUGUUGUAUCCCUUCAUAUAUGAGUGUCUGACCUGUGGCAUAGGUCCAUUGCUGAACUUGUCAUGUUAAUUUAAAUGCAUUUUUUUUUAUUGGUGUUGGAAAAUCUGAAAUACACAAUCAUCAAUGAGGCACUAUGGUUACAUACUGAGUAUAUACUUUGUGUGAUUGAAGAGUCUGCCCUUUUUUUAUUUUCUUUGCUUAAUGUUUUUCCAACUGUUUUUCUUCAGUACUAUUACAUGCAGUCAAGAAAUCAAAACUCCCAGACUUCAGUUCCUUGCAAGAGGUUCAGUGCUCAUGUCAGAAGGCAACAGAGGUAACAAAUCCAAUGAGCAAAUUGGAGUCAAAAAGACAAGCAGUAUAUCAAAAUCCAGGGGCGUGGGAAAGCAGGGCCAAUCAGAGCAGAGCA